AGGGCCAAGAAAAUGAUGAGGAGGUGAAGCAGCUCUCCUGACAAGACAGGCUGAGAAAGUUGGGGCUGUUCUACCUGGAGGAGAACAGGCUCCAGGGAGACCUUGUUGCAGUCUUCCAGUAGUUAAAGAGGGCCUAUAAGAAAGAUGGGGACAGGCUUUUUGCAGGGCCUGUUGCAAGAGGACGAAGGGUGAUGGUUUCAAACUGAAGAAGGAUCAAUUUAGAUUAAAGAAAAAAAUCUUUUACAGUGAGGGUGGUAAGACACUAGAACAGGCUGUUCAGAUAGGAGAAGAUGUCCUAUCCCUGAAAACAGUCAAGGUCAUGUUGGGCAGGACUUUGGGCAGCCUGAUGUGGUUGAAGAUGUCCCUGCCAAUGGCAGAAGGGUUGGACUAGAGACCUUUAAAGGUCCCUUGCAACCUGAACUUUUCUAUCAUUCUAUAAGCAUGGGUACAUGUUGUACAAUGCAGCUGCUAUGUGAUGGCUUUUAGCCAUCUUUUCUGCCUUUUAGCACCUAAACCACUCCUAGUCAAUGGAUGAAACUGAAACCUGCAAUAAUUAGAACCAUUAAAACACAUUUUCAACAAAAUUUUUCCACCUGCUGUCCACUGAUCCUUGUGAUUCUGAAGACUAUUUUAAAGGGCUCAUAAAACUUUGAGAAAAGCAAGACACCUAAAAGCUUAAAUUAUGUAAAAAUGAAUGGAUUUUUAUUGAAAAAGAUUAGGGAUCUGUAAAACAAAAAUGGAAAAAAUCUUUCAAUAUUAUGAACUUCCAGAUGAGACAGUUCAUCAUUCAGAUCUGAGGAUGAUUAAACAUUUUUACAUGUUUCUGCUGCACAGAGCAUUGCAAAUCCUCUAGUAUUUAUAUACAUGCAAAAAGCAUACACAAAUCUUUAAGGAGCAGAGAAACAAUAUCUGAGUGCCUUGUAUAUCAUGCAAAGUAACAGGAUGUUAUUCCUGCAUCUAAGAGUGAGACUUUUCCAGCUUCUCUUGGUUUUCUUAUAUUUCAGUGACACAAUGCAUCUUGGAAGCAGAGGAAGAAUCCACUUCCCCAUGAGACUCACCUGCUCUCUCCUGCUCAUGGCAGUGUUCUGUGUGACACCUUUCCUCUGCCACAGUCAAAUGGAUCCACUGGCUCUUGGGCGGGCAGACCCCCAGUGCUGGGAAUCCUCCUCUGCUGUUUUACUAGAGAUGAGGAAGCCUCGCAUUUCUGACUCUGUCAGUGGCUUUUGGGACUUCAUGAUAUUUCUGAAAUCCUCAGAGAACCUGAAACAUGGAGCUUUGUUCUGGGACCUAGCACAGCUCUUCUGGGAUAUCUAUGUGGACUGUGUGCUCUCCAGAACCCAUGGCCUGGGGAGAAGGCAGCUGGCAGAAGCUGAGCAGAAGACAGCUACAAUACAUUCUCAGUUCACAGGGAAAAACCAAGGGACAUUUUCUCAUAUUCAGAGGUCACCAGUUCUGAAGAAGAAAGACUUAUUUGAAGAUUUAAUAAGUAUCCACAUACAUAAGAGUAGAUCUAUAUUACUUGGAAGAACCACUGGAGAGCUAGGAAAAAAGAGGAAAUGACACAUUUAGUCUAAGCUUUUGAUUUGCAGAUAAUUCUAAACUAUUUUUCUUUAUGUCUUGCAUUUUAAUCCCCAUUGAUGUCAAUUUAUGUGGUGGAAGAAGGCAUGUAACCUCAAGCACUACAUCUCUGAUUGACUUGGACUUACGGGUUUUCUUAAUUACCUAUUAAUUUAGUCUCCUUACUAAACUGCAUGAUUUAUAAGCAGUUGCCUACUUCAAUCUGUGUGUAUAUCAGGCUUUUUGCAAUACAUGUGAUCUGUUCAAACUAUUGUCUUUUGGGUGCUGAAACAGGAAAUAACUGAUCCUUCAAUAAAAUAUAGACAAGCAGAGAAGGAAGUUGUCAAAAAUCUCCCCUGGCUCCAAGACAGGACUACAGAAAAGAUGGUGAUGUUUGGUUGUAUGCAGAGUUCUACACUUGUGCAGAGCAACUCCUGCUCAGAAACAUCAUCCUACUAAAGAAAAAUAGUAUACUUCUACAUGAAAAAUACCUUCCAAGAAAGUUUUCAGUUUUCCAGUAAAAGGGUUACCAGGUUUUACCAGCUCCUCUGCUUUCACACUUAAAAUGUUUAAUCCCAAAAAUUCUCAUACAUAAUUUGCAUUUGCUUCUUUUUUUAGUUCACAAGUUCUUUGUAGAAAAAUCAAUCUCUUCUGACUCUUAUUGAUAACCCUAAUAGGCAAUUUGAUAUUAAACUAAUGCAAAACAACUUAUGGCAGGUAACA